GCUCUUCCGGUAACAACACGACAGACCACGUCUCCGCAGCGAGAGCUCUCUACAGUGAAGGAUGCAUUCAUUUAUCGACGCAGUGCGCAGCCAAUACACUCUCCCUCCCUCGAUUCUCACCGAAUCGUUACCUCCACGUCAAUGCCCGAAUUUUAGAGUCAGUGAACACGUCGCGACCAUUGUUUAAAACGACCUUUGGACGACCUUGGAAGUUCAAUUUCCCCCCCAUGUUUGGAUUAGUAUUUGCCAUCAGCUUCUGGACACUCGCGCUAGUCACGACAAGCUUCUGGUUCUCAACACCGUGGAUCCUACUUCACCUCUAUUUCACGUAUAAUCGAUCGGCCAACAAGACUCGUCGAGAUGACGCGUUGAAAUCGCUGGGCGUAUCGUCAACGAACAGAAGACUGGUCGGGUUCUUCCAUCCAUACUGUAACGCUGGUGGAGGGGGUGAACGUGUCUUGUGGGCCGCGGUUGCUGCACUUCAACGUAACGAGCCGGAAGUCAUCUCGGUCGUAUAUAGUGGAGAUGUUGACACUAGCAAGGAAGAGAUCAUUGAGAAAGUCAAGACUCGUUUCGGCAUCACACUGGACCCUUCGAAGAUCAUAUUUGUAUUCCUUCGCCUUCGGGGACUAUUAGAUGCUGCAACUUGGCCUUAUUUCACCCUUCUUGGGCAAAGCAUCGGAUCGAUGUAUCUUGUUUGGGAGGCAAUGACGAAACUGAUACCUGACCUCUACAUCGAUACAAUGGGCUAUGCGUUCACUUUCCACGUUGUGAACUGGGUAGCACAUGUCCCCGUCGGCACAUAUGUCCACUACCCGACUAUAAGCACCGACAUGCUCGGCGGAGUCAAGAACCACAAGCGAUGGCAUACGAGUUUGGAUACAAUUUCGUCCUCGUAUAUUCUCAGUUCAGCGAGAUUGGUCUAUUACCGUCUAUUCAUGUACUACUACUCCCUAUCCCUCCGAAGUGCCAGUUUUCUAAUAGUCAACUCGUCGUGGACCAAGGACCACGUCGACUCCAUCCUUCAACAUACCGAUCCCUUUAUCGACUUCAUUCACCUUUGUAACCCCGUCUUGCUGGCUCUCUACUUCCUCACAACCUACAACAAGAACCCCAUAACCUCUUCUCAAGUCAUAUAUCCGCCUUGUGACACUCGCGAGAUGGUCAGCUUCCCACUGAAGGAGCGUGAACGUGUCAUCGUUAGUGUAGCCCAGUUUCGACCAGGAAAGGAUCACGCUACACAACUGUAUGCAUUACACGAACUGAUUAAGGCGCAUCCAGAAUACGGGAAGACAGGAACCACCGGAAAGACUGCUGUUAAACUUGUGCUGAUUGGAGGAUGUCGAAACGAGGAGGACGCUUCACGGGUUUCCGAAUUGAAGAUGUUAGCGAAGGAACUUGGCCUCGAGGAUCGAGUAGAGUUUUUCGUCAACGCAUCUUAUUCUGAUAUGCUCGAGUGGUUGAGGAAGGCUAGUAUUGGAAUGAACACAAUGGUCGAAGAACAUUUUGGGAUCAAUAUCGUCGAGUACAUGGCGGCGGGAGUUAUCCCCGUUGUGCACGCUUCUGGUGGUCCACUGAAGGAUAUAGUCGUUCCUUAUGAUGGGAAACCUACAGGCUACCACGCUCAGACUCCUGGCGAAUUUGCCGAAGCCUUGCAUACAGCACUUUCCCUCGAUGCUGAAGAAGACUUGGCUAUCCGGGAACGCGCACGCGCUUGGGCAGUGAUGAAGUUUUCCCAAGAGGAGUUCGAGAAAGGGUGGGAUUGUAGUGGGUGGAAGAAGUUGAUUCGAAACUAAAACUGUAAAAUAAGUAUACAAGUCGUACCCACCAAUAGUCAUAUGGGGAAGAUUUCAUGUCCUCUUCGGGCGCAAUCGAUUGCAGCCCUUAGCGACGAGGUCUUGUGAAUAUUAAU